AUGUCGCCUCUGGACAUGUGGUCCUCCUCGCCUCGGCCCUAUCGUAAACGGCUCUGCCGCCGACCACACACGGUUUACGACUCCCGGGCCCUUUUGUGUGCCACCGACCCCCCGUCUGUCAGAUUUGCUUUUGGCACUUUUUUGUCAUUAGUUUCAUCAUAACGAGAUUAUGAUUUUUUCGAAACUUGAAGCUCAAAAUAUUCAAACAAAGGAGUAGACUGAAACACACUCUAUAAUUGAAGCAAUAUGCCUGAAAGGCCACUUUCUCAGUAGAGCAAAGUUGUGUCUCAAAAAUGGCCUAUCACUUUUUUUUUGAGGUUGAUUUCUUAGCGUUGAUGAUAAAGAAAGCAUCAAGAAAUCUACAAAAUAAGAAUCUAGAUGAUAUAAAGUUUGAAAUCGCCUGGCUUUUUUUUGCCUUAGAGCGCAACUGCGUCUUAAAAUGGCCUUGACGUUAUUUUUUGUCUGAAAUCGGUGCUUUAUUACUGAUUGAUCAGCUUGAUGGACGAAAAACCUUCAGGAGUUCUUAAAAAGAAAAAUAAAUCAACGAUUAUCGAUAGAGCGCACUUCGUUCCCAAGAAACGCCGUGUCUUUUUUGACAAACUUUCUCGGUCUUUUGAAGUUUUCUGCUCUUUUUCUUCAUUCACAAAGACAUGUAAUCUAUUUGGAACCUUAUUAAUUUCUACAUCCUCCGAACAGAAUUUCUCGUUCAGAAAUAUUGUUUUGAAAAUGAAGAGAAACGUAUGAUUUACAGGUUGAAGAAGGAAAGAUAAUCAAUUUCUAUUUUUGCAAGGCAUACGGUAAUGUCAAGGAACAGUGCAAAUUUGCCCCUCAAAAAUCGCUAUCUCGGCUUCCGACGCUAUUCCUCCCCCCAAUCGAUUUCCUAUCACUAGCUGAUCAUACCGGAGACCAAUCAACAUUGGCAGAAGCAGAAAAUCGAUCGUGACUUUGGAAAAAAAGGGAGAAGAAAGACCAUUUUAUCAACAGAGCAAUUUUGCCCCUCAAAAUUCGCUAUCUCCGCCUCCGACGCUAUUUCUCUUUCCAAUUGAUUUUUUAUCACUAGCUGAUCAUACCGUAGACCAAACUGCAAUGGCAGAAGCGAAAAAUCGAUGGUCUUCGGGAAAAAAAUCCUUUUAUCAACAGAGCAAUGUUGCCCCUCUAAAAAUCGCUAUCUCGGCCUCCGACGCUAUUCCUAUUUCCAAUCGAUUUCUUGUCACUAGCUGAUCACAUCGUAUACCAAUCAGCAUUGGCAGAAGCAGAAAAUCGAUCGUGACUUCGGAAAGAAGAAUGAAAAGGUCAUUUUAUCAUUAGAGCAAAGUUGCCCCUCAAAAAUCGCUAUCUCGGCUUCCGACGCUGUUCCUCUUUCCAAUCGAUUUCCUAUCACUAGCUGAUCAUACCGUAGACCAAUCAACAUUGGCAGAAGCAGAAAAUCGAUCGUGACUUCGGAAAGAAGAAGAAAAAAGGAAGAAGAGAAGGCCGUGGGCAGCCGCCCCAACAGAGACAGACACACACCUGUCAAACCGCCAUUUAUCUUUCGACUUCCUCUAAUUAUCUUCUCGUUUCUCAUUCUUCUCUUCUUCUCCUUCUUGACUACCGUAACCCCAAUCCUAUUGCGUAUGCAUUCAUUCCUUGCUGCCUCCAAACACGACAGUAA